AAGUGGUGCUAGGAUCAUUGUAUAACUUUGAAAUAAGCCUGAACCCCAAGGAAAUUAUUCCUAUUUUGGCCACAGCUACUAUGUUCCAGUUGGACGGCUUGAUCGACAAGUGCGCAGAAGUCAUGCAGGAAACAAUAAAUCCCAAGACGGCGCUGGAUUAUUACAACGCAGCCAGUCAGUACAGCAACAAGAAAGUCCGGGAUGUAUGUUUCAAAUGGUUCCUGAUGAAUUUGAUGACCUACUACCACAACAAAUCUCUGUCCGAACUCAGAACCAUUCCGAUAUCUCUCCUAAGCAAAUUAGUGGCCCAUCCCGAUCUGGUUGUUAUCCAAACAGAUUAUUCCGUUUAUGUUAUGUUGAAGUUCUGGGUGUAUCUGCAAUUAUUUCCAGAAGGCAAUGUGCCUUCCUUAAAAACCGUCAAUGAGUACUUCUCUUCUAGGCCAGGUGAGACACUUGAAGUUUUCACUACCAGAGGUGUUGUAGUGUUGCCCUAG